AUGAGUACACCACUAUGUGAGCUCGAAGGGAGUGCGCCAGUAAGUGAUAGCUUCGCAGCAUUAGUAUCGUCAGGGGCUCAAUUUCCUAUGGCCAGGCAGUGGAUGACUCAGGCACAGCAGGACCAACAACAACAACUUGCUUCUGAAGUCUCAGCAACGUAUGAGCCAACAACCACCAUAUGGAUCCGGAACUUCAACCAGCUCUGCGAUACACCACCUGCUGAGGAGAGCCGUCUGCCUUUCUUCUCGCGUGACCACUACAAGCAUGAGCGAGUGGUGCCGGACUCAAAGUCUCGAAGGUUCGCGGAGUCUAUGAGACGCUACCGAAGACACUGGAGAGAACUGGCGCCCUCUGCUCAAAAUUGGCGAUCUUCAGGAGAUAGUUGGCCACCCCCAUUGCCGAAACGUACUCGGAACAAACUCCGGAAGCGUCAAAGGCCUGAUGGAUAUUAA